AGAAACUGAGUCUGAGACACAGUGUCUCAUUCUCAACUCUUAAACCCAAAAACCCUUUCAACUUUCAAUGAGUCUUCACUCUCCAUCCACUGUCUUUUAAUUUUCUCUGCCACACACAGAGGGAGAGAGAAAGUGAAAAGCAAAGGCAUUUCUUUGCACUUGCGGAGCAGUGACUCUGUCUCAAGGGUUAGAGAUAGAGCGAGAGAGUGCUAGCUUUUGUGUGUUUGUGUGUGUAUAAGUAUAAGAAAUGCAGCAGCACCUGAUGCAGAUGCAGCCCAUGAUGGCAGCCUAUUACCCCAACAACGUCACUACUGAUCACAUUCAACAGUAUUUGGAUGAGAACAAGUCCUUGAUUUUGAAGAUUGUUGAGAGCCAGAAUUCAGGGAAACUGAAUGAAUGUGCAGAGAACCAAGCAAGGCUACAGAGAAACCUCAUGUAUUUGGCUGCAAUUGCUGAUUCUCAACCCCAACCGCCUACCCUGCAUCCUCAGUACCCUUCCAGCGGCGUAGUACAACCUGGAUCACACUAUAUGCAGCACCAACAAGCUCAGCAGCUGACACCACAAUCAGUCAUGGCUGCACGAUCAUCCAUGUUGUACAGUCAACAGCCAUAUCUGCAACAACAGCAAGCCUUGCACAGCCAACUCGGUAUGAGCUCCGGUAGUGCUGGACUUCACAUGCUGCAGAGUGAGGCCGCCAAUGCUGGAGGCAGCGGGGCACUUGGAGUUGGAGGUUAUGCUGAUUUUGGCCGUGGCUCUUCUGGAGAAGGCUUGCACAUUGGCAGUAGGGGAAUGGCUGGAGGCAGCAAGCAAGACAUUGGAUCUGCUGAGGGCCGAGGCGGGAGCUCUGGUGGCCAGGGUGUUGAUGGUGGUGAAACGCUCUAUCUGAAAGGAGGUGAUGACAGUAAUUGAGAGGUGAGAAUGAUGCUGGUAGUGUGGCUAGGUAGUGUUUUAAAGUAGGAGAAGCGGAAAUUGAUCUCCGCGCGCUUGAUACUUUUAAUGAGAAAGAAAAGUUCGUCUAAAAACAAUAGUCAGGGCUCUACUUCCUGCCUGUAGCUUGGCUGUUUUUUUGUUUUCUGUGUUGAGACAAUGCAUCAUAUGCUAGUGUAUGUUGUAAAUUUUUAGGUCAAUUUCUGAUUUGGUGUGAUUUUAAGUAAGUUUUAUGUUGUUGUGCUAAGCUCACAUUUCUGA